AUGAAGCCCAAUGUUGCUCAUAUUCUAAGUAGAGGAAUGAAGCCCAAUGUUGCUCAUAUUCUAAGUAGAGGAAUGAAGCCCAAUGUUGCUCAUAUUCUAAGUAGAGGAAUGAAGCCCAAUGUUGCUCAUAUUCUAAGUAGAGGAAUGAAGCCCAAUGUUGCUCAUAUUCUAAGUAGAGGAAUGAAGCCCAAUGUUGCUCAUAUUCUAAGUAGAGGAAUGAAGCCCAAUGUUGCUCAUAUUCUAAGUAGAGGAAUGAAGCCCAAUGAUGCUCAUAUUCUAAGUAGAGGAAUGAAGCCCAAUGUUGCUCAUAUUCUAAGUAGAGGAAUGAAGCCCAAUGCUGCUCAUAUUCUAAGUAGAGGAAUGAAGCCCAAUGUUGCUCAUAUUCUAAGUAGAGGAAUGAAGCCCAAUGUUGCUCAUAUUCUAAGUAGAGGAAUGAAGCCAUCUUCUGACGCGGGAAAAAAAGAUAAAUUUCAAAUAUCCCAUUAA